UGCCAACGGACAAAGGGACCUUAUUGAAUCCUACAGUGUUAAAAAAAGACAUUUUAUUGGGAACACAAGCAUGCAUUCCUGCUUGGCAUUUAUCAUGGCAAACCAUGGAAAAGUAAAACCAAACGAUAUUGUGUUUGAUCCUUUUGUGGGGACAGGUGGACUUCUUAUAGCUUCUGCACACUUUGGAGCAUAUGUUUGUGGCACAGAUAUAGAUUAUAACAUAGUACAUGGGUUGGGCAAAGCUAGUAGAAAGAAUCAAAAGUGGAGAGGACCUGAUGAAAAUAUCAGAGCCAACCUUCGCCAGUAUGGUUUGGAGAAGUACUACCUUGACAUAUUUGUUUCUGAUGCAUCAAAACCCAUAUGGAGGAAGGGAGUGCAGUUUGAUGCAAUAAUUACAGACCCACCAUAUGGCAUUCGAGAAGCCACCAGAAAAAUUGGUUCACAGAAGGAAACAGCAAAAAUGACUGAAAAAAGCUCUGAAAAUCACAACCUCGUUUCUUCAAAUUAUCAACUGAGUGAUAUAAUCUUUGACCUGUUAAAACUUGCGGCAGAGUAUCUGGUGGUUAGAGGAAGAUUGGUCUACUGGCUGCCUGUGUACAAACCAGAAUAUACAGAAGAGAUUAUACCUCAGCACCCUUGCCUGAAACUCGUUAGCAACUGUGAGCAGGCGCUUUCCAACCACACAUCAAGAUACCUGAUAACCAUGGAAAAGGUGAAGGAAUUUGAGAAAAUAAUUCUCCCUCUAUGAUGAGUGAUACUGUUUGCUAAAGGUGAGAGAAAUCUCCAUUUUGACUCAGCUGCAAACAGAAGAUGCAGUUGAGGCUCUGUCUUAGCGCCUGGAGGCUGUUAGGCUCUGGAUGGGGAGGAUCAGGCUUAGACCAAUCCUAACAAGAAGAACCUGCUUGGGGUAAGGAAUCCAAUCAGUACCAGUAGAGUUCCAUAUUUGGUCUGGGAUUGUUCCCAGCGCAGAGCAGGUCUUUGUGUAUCUUCUUUAAACAGUUUCCUCUUGUGCAUCUGCUACAGGUAUUCCUUAGAUGAGGAGGCAUUGUUGACAGUCACUUGUGCCAAUUUGUUCUACAGAGGGCUUCCCUGGAAGAUCAGUCAGAAAUUUCAGCUGGUCUGGAAUGUAGCUGCUUCAGGAGUAAUGGGUUCAGUGUCAUUUGCUAAUGUAACUCCUCUACUUGAAGAGCCACACUGGUUACUAUUAGGCUUCUGGGCGCAAUUCAAGGCAUUGAUUGUCACCUUUAAAACCCUCCACAGCUUACAACCUAAUAUCUUUUGAGACCACUUACUCCAAAUGGAAAAUGCUUGCCCAGUAAAUCUGGGGGAAAGGUUUGCUGUUGGCUUUUUAAAUCAGUAGUAUAUUUGUAAAUUUAGCCAAUAUUAUAAGCAUAACUUAUUUUGGGGGAGGGGGGAAAUGCUCAGAUAAAACUGAAUUCUGAGAUGGCUUGUCAGGAUUUAUCAUCCCAACUUGGAGCAAGUGGAGUGUGCUAGACAAAUUGGACAUGUAUGGAUAUUUGUUUCUCUUCGACAUCGUUCCUAGUCAAAUAUAAUGGUGUGAAGAUUGAGAUGGAUAUGGAAAAUUAAAAAGCCAUUUGUCUGAUUCUGUCCCUGAAUUGAAUGUAUUUUACAGGUGUGCUUAUGGUAGAAACAGUGCCAUGCAGCCAGCUGCUUAAGACAGGUAAAUUACAUAAUUUUCAGAUCCGGGGGGUUUAUUUUCCAUUCAUGAUUCAAUUUCCUUUUCCAAGAAUGCAAUUACUUUUCACUAAGAAAAAUAUAAACAAUAAAUUCUUCUGCAGUUUUAUUUGACUAGGAAGAAAGUUUGAAAUGCCAAAUCCUAACCUUGUUUUAACUCUUAUGUGGCUCAAUCUUAAUUUUCCUAAACUGCAGGAAGAUCUUUAAGACAACUUUUUUAUAUUGUCUUGAUUCUAAUCCCAGAAUUCAAUUCUAUGAAGGAUAUGAUAAGAAAAAAAAACCAAGUGCCUGUUUUUGUGUUUUGGCUUUUUCACAG